AUGAGUGGAAUCGCUUUAAGUACAAAUGAUCUUCGGGUCAUUUUCACGGAUUUGAAUCGUUACAAUAACGCAAAUGAUGGAGUUUAUCAGUUACUGAGAACGCGUAAGAACGAUACCUCAUCACACGUUAAUCGGAAGAACCUGAUAGUGAUAUCUGACGGAGUUUACAAGGUCAAGGCGCUUCUGAGGAAUGAAGCUAUUGCAAAAGCACAAUCAACUGAUCUAAACGUUGGGGACGUGUUCAAAAUGACCCGAGGUGAACCAGCGAUUGUCAAAGAGAAAAAGAAGUAUGUGCUGCUAAUUGACGACCUCGAAGUGAUGCAAAAAAAUUGCGAGAUUAUAAAUCCUAACUCCGAGUUGGUUGACAACUAUCUUAUCUCGCAUCCAGACGAGGUCGUUUCGUUCGAAGACGGGGGACCAUUGCUGGGACAAGCCACGAGCACUCCAAGUGGCGAUUUUGGUGCUAAAGAUACCAAGCCACAACAACAGCAACAGCAACAGCAACCGCCCCAACCAAAACAGACUGGUUCGGGUUUUUACAAUCAACAAAGCUACAUGAACUCGGCUUCUCAAAAGAGUAGGCCGAUCUUUGCUAUAGAGCAACUAUCACCAUACCAAAACAUGUGGACUAUUAAGGCCAGAGUAUCCUUCAAAGGUGACAUCAAGACGUGGCACAAUCAGCGGGGAGAAGGUAAGCUUUUCUACGUCAACUUACUUGACACAUCGGGUGAAAUUAGGGCGACCGCCUUCAAUGACAAUGCCACCAAGUUUUAUGAGUUUUUGCAAGAGGGUAAAGUCUACUAUAUCUCUAAGGCUAGAAUACAACCGGCAAAGCCCCAAUUUUCUAACUUGCCUCACCCUUAUGAGCUUCAAAUUGAUCGCGAUACGGUUAUAGAAGAAUGCUUUGACGCAGUAGAUGUUCCUAAGAUGAAUUUCAAUUUUGUUAAGCUCAGUACUGUCGAAACUCAAGAGCCCAACUCAACGGUUGACGUUAUUGGAAUUAUACGGACGGUACACCCUCAUUUUGAAAUUACUUCCAAAGCUGGAAAGAAGUUCGACCGUCGCGAUAUCGUGUUGGUGGACGAUUCGGGCUACUCGAUUUCUGUUGGGCUCUGGAAUCAACAAGCUGUUGAUUUUAAUUUGCCCGAAGGCUCGGUGUUGGCAAUAAAAGGUGCAAGGGUUACAGAUUUUCAAGGUAAAAGUCUCUCUAUGGGAUUCAGCAGUACACUGCAUCCAAGCCCCGAGGUCCCUGAAGCUUUUGCUAUCAAGGGAUGGUAUGAUGCAGCCGGUCACAACUCUCAGUUUCACUCUUUAAAGCAGGAAAGUGGCCCAUCCUCUCUCAAUAUUUCGAAAUAUAUUGCUAGUCGGAUUACCAUCUCAAAAGCCCAAUCCGAGAAUUUGGGUAUGAGUGAGAAAGGGGAUUUCUUCAACGUCAGAGCCGCCGUCAGCUACCUAAAAAUUGACAAUUUUGCUUAUCCAGCGUGUCAAAACGAGGGCUGUAACAAGAAAGUUAUCGAAGAGUCUGAUGGAACUUGGCGUUGUGAAAAAUGCAAUUCCAAUCAUGCCUCACCCCAAUGGAGAUACAUGCUGACAGCAUCAAUCGUUGACGAGACGGGUCAACUGUGGAUCACUUUAUUCAAUGAGCAAGCCGAGCAGAUGCUGGGCGUUGACGCGAGCGCCUUGAUGCAACUCAAAGAGACUGACCCAGAUAGCUUUUCCAAGACCACCCAAGAGAUCCAAAUGUGUCAGUUCGAUUUCAGAAUUAGGGCAAGAGAAGAUAAUUACAAUGACCAAAGGCGUAUCCGAUACACUGUUGCCAAUCUACACACCUUGAAAUAUAGGGCAGAAGCCGAUUUUCUAGCAGAUGAACUAUCUCAAGCUUGCCUCUAA